UCUGUUGAUUGUUUUUUUUUUUGCUUAACAAUUCUGCAAAAUUUUUCUUGGUUGAAUUAAUUAACUAUAAACAAAUUAAAGAUAUAAUUAUUUUUUGUUUGAUAUUUCGUUGGACAAUAUUUUGUUCAUCAUGUGGAUAGCUAACCAUUUACACUCAGGUAAAAAGAUGUACCUUCUUUCGGGAAGGGAAUACACAAUUGGCCGCGUAGGAUCUGACAUCGUUUUAACAGAUGAUACAUCCAUUAGUCGUUCUCAUGCACUUUUCCAAGUAUCAAAUAAAUCCUUGAAACUCGAAGAUAAAGGUUCCAAGUACGGUACAUAUCACAAUGAGCACAUUGAGAACAAACAAAAGAUCCCCAAAGGCAAUUUGAUCGAACUCAAAGAAGGUGAUCGCAUUUUGUUUGGAGCUUUAAAAAAUGAAUGGGUAAUUUCAAAAAACAACAUUAAUACAAUGGUAUCUUCAUUAAAUGCUAAAGACUUAGUUGAAAUAAAGAAUCAGCUUGAUAUUUUGGGUGGGAAUAUUAUUUCCAAAUGGGAAUCGAAAUGUACACAUUUAACUAUGCCCGAGAUAACCAUAACUAUCAAAGUCUUACACGCAUUGAUCGAGAAGAUUCCCAUAGUAUCGUGUAGUUUUUGGAAAGAUUACCAUACAAAUAUUCAAGACAAAAAGGAACCACCUAAUCCAAGUAACUAUCUGCCAAAAAGAAGCAUCCAAUUAUCAUCAGCAAUUCAAGAUGGACAUAUGGGUUUUAAUGAGAAUCGUAAAACACUGUUUGCUGGGAAAACAUUUGUUUUUAUGAGUAAAAAGCAUUUAGAAAUGUAUGCGCCAAUUGUGACAAAAGCGGGAGGACAAUGUAAAGACUUAAAAAAUAAUGUUUCCAAAUCAUUUUUGUUGAAGAGCAAUACCAUAGUUAUACAGUACGUUGCCUCAACACAAUCGCAAGGGACGCAAACAAUUAACACUAUAUCUGAGUAUCUGGAAGCUAAUUCCCUUCGCACUAUACCCGAAUAUGAAAUCGGAUUAGCAAUUGUAUGCUGUACGACUGAAAAGUACUGUAAUCCAGCGUUCAAUGCAAUUUCGAAUAUACUUCCUGAUUCGGCUCUUGAAACUCCAAAUAUUGGCACUAUGUUAGCAGAGAACACUGGAUCACAAAAAUCGGAAAUCAAUACCAUCUUCUCUCAAUAUUCUGAUGUUCCAGAGAGUAAUUGUUUGAAGAAGAAGGCAAUUCAGUCGGAAGUAUACGAUUCAGAAGUCGUAGUAGUAGAAGAUAAUUCGAAAAUCACAAAUUCAAUUGAUAGCUUGAAAAUGAUCUCAGAAAGUUCAGACAAUAUAAUGCCCAAGACAACUGAAGAAGAAAGUGCAAGAACUGAUAAUAACGAAAUUGAUAACUUAAAAAACAUCGACUUCUCCGAUGAUGACUUCAGUGAAAAUCUUGUUCUGUCCUCAGAUUUGCCCUCGAAAGAAUGUUCUCAAUCACAAAAAAGACCAAUCACACCUAUUGAAAAUUAUAAGCAAGUGAAUAAAAAACCCAGAAUAGCAAGGUCGCCAUUGGGUGGUAAAAGUAAAGAAGACAAUGAAAAUCGAGCAAAGUCAAAUGAAAGUGGCCCAUCCUCUUCAUCUAAGAAAACUACCCCUCAAGUAAAACCGAUUUUACCCGGUUUCUUACAAAAGAGUCAAAUAGUUCAUACACAACCAGCAGAAGUAUUACAAGAAAGCCAACAGACCAAAAAUAGAUCAAUCGCCGCCAAACGCGGUCGAAUUGCCCUUAUUACCGACAAUGACAGCGACGAUAAUGAUGAUGAUAUUUUUAACUUUGGAUCGUCACCAAAAAAAUCUAAACCUUCUGGAGGGUGCAUAUCUGAUGACGAGGAUGAGUUGUUUGCAUUUGGAACUAAGAGCCCCAAGGAUGACGUUGAUCGUGCGGAAAAAAUCAGCGAUUUGGAUUUGCCCAAAACACAGCCUUUCGUUCCUAACAGAAAGUCGUGUCAGGCAAAUAUUGUAAGUUCCAAGAUUAAAGUUUCACCAUUAAAAGCCGCACCUGAUGGUUGGUUGUCAGCUAUGAGCAUUUUAAAAAUAAAAUGCGAUGAAGACGAGAACGUAAAAGAAGAGAAAAAUUGUUCACUAGAUGACCUGAAGCAAAGAGAAUGGAUUGAUUCGUUGAAAGAAGGCUUUGCAGUUCGAGUUCGUAAAAUGAAUUUGACAUCAAAAGGAAGUAACUUUUCGAUUAGUCGAGAGUCGUCAAACACAUCUUUGGAUACUAAUAGGAAGAAUUUCAAGGCGUUCAUAAAGAAACAUAACUACAAAACACAAACGCAGAUCAUCCGAACUUUUCCAACUGUAGUGCAACCAAUCUGUUAAUUGACUUCUUUAAGAAAGACCAAAGUUCAAAGGUAGAGUUCAUGCUCUUGCGGUUUUUUAAACAUAUUGCUUAGUUUAUAGGUGUUUUCUAUAAAGAUAUUCUUAAGUUUUGCUCGUAAUAAACUUUCUAAAAACA